GGGGUUUUGGACGUUCCGCCUAGAAGAGCCUUUGAUCUAUCCCAGAUAUCUUUUCUAUUGCUACCGUUCCAAGGCCAAAAGGGCAAACCCUGAAUCCGGACCCAAUCAAGGCGUUGGAAAUUGAAACACUCGCAUCUCUCGUUUUCCUUUACCAUCCCCAACUCUCUCUGUCUCUCUCCUCCUUUCUGUACAAAUAAGAAAUCUGGAAUGACUCUACGAUUUUUUUUGGUUGCGAUUAAUCUUUCUUUUUUAUUUCCGUUCUUGUAAUACUGUAUUCAAUUUAGAAAAUAAUAAUAACGAUUCCUUUGUUUGCAUUCGUUCUUCUCUUGUCUAUCGUGAUUGGGAGUAGUUCUCUCUCUUCUUUUAUUUUUUCUGUUUUCUUUUUCUUUUCUGUUCGUCAUCGGAUCUCGAAUCAGCGGCGAAAAAGAGUAGAUAUUCUUUUUGAGGUCAAAAGCAAGUGCGUGCCCGGGCUUUUUGAAGUUCACGUGUGAAGAAUUGACUGGUUUUUGAUGAAUUAGGAUGUACAUGAAAUGAUGAACCAAGGAAGCAGUACUGAUACAGUAGCUCAACUGGAUCCAAAUCUGCUUGAGCCACGUCAAACUGUGGAUAGCAGUGAAGGACAUCCAUCUUCAUAUGGAUCUUCAUUCACUCUUGGGCAUGCCCCUCUGCCCUUGGCAGAAGGAUCCAAUACUGUAUCAUGGACCAUGCAUAUGACAGAUAACAACUCAUCAGAGAAUGGAAUUUAUUCAAAUACGACUUACCGCCAUGAUCAGCAGGCAGAGACACUACCAAAGAACGUGCAAGAUGGCUUGAAUUCUGUGCCGCAUGCUUCUACUUCAUCUAGUUUUGGAACAGCAAAUGUCUCCCAAGAAUAUGCUAGCUAUUUGUCAUACCCAAAUUCAACUGACCCUUAUGGUUAUGGAAACACGGGCUAUGCAAGUUAUUAUUACAACUAUUCACAGCAAACCAACCAUCCGUACCCUCAACAACCAGGAGUGUAUCAAAACUCAGGUGCUCCUUAUCAGCCUCUUACCUCAUUUCAGAAUACAGGCUCUUAUGCGGGUUCUACAAGUUAUUCAGGAACUUACUACAAUGCUGGUGAUUAUCAGACAGCUGGAGGUUACCCGAGCAGCGAUUAUAGUAAUCAGAAUAACUUGUGGAAUGAAGGGAACUAUGCAAGUUAUUCCUCCCAUCAGUAUCCAAACUAUACUCCUUCAGAUUCAAAUGGUGCUCAUAAUUCUAGUGCUGUAGCUGCAACACCACUUCAUUAUCAACAAAACUAUAAGCAGUGGGCAGAUUAUUAUAGCCAAAUUGAUGUAAGCUGUGCUCCUGGGACAGAGAAUAUGUCUGUUUCCAGUGCAACUACUUUGGCUUGUCCGAUUCCUGGUGUUAGUGCUGGAUAUCCAACUCCAAACAACCAGCCACCACCACCUGGCACCACAUCCUGGAGACCAGAAUCUGGUUCAUCUGAAUUGCCUUCUUUUCAGGCUGGUGCUGUAGUUGGAAAUACCCAGGAUGGUUACUGGAAACAUGGCACUUCGGUGUUUCAGAAUCACCAUGCCACUCCAACUCCAUACUUCCAAAAGCCUUUGGACUCCAAUCCACUUCCAUAUGAUGACCGUCAGGACCAACAGAAGACUGCCUGUCCUCCAGGACCUAAUGUACAAUAUUCCACUACUCAUCAGGUUCCUCAAAAGUAUCAGUCACCGAUGCAAGCUGUUCCAUCCUUGGAUGCACGGCGGGUAAGCAAAUUGCAGAUCCCAACGAACCCUAGAAUUGCUUCAAAUUUGGCCUUGGGCUUGCCAAGAACAGAUAAGGAUAGUUCUACAACCAAUGCAGCAGCAAAACCGGCAUAUAUCAGCAUUUCAAUGCCGAAGCAUAAUAACAAAGUGCCCUCUAAUGAAGUUGCUGAUUCUGUGCUUAAGCCUGGAAUGUUCCCUACAUCACUUCGUGCAUAUGUAGAAAGGGCUUUGGCCCGUUGCAAGGAUGAUUCACAAAAGGCAGCUUGUCAGAAUAUAAUGAAAGAGAUGAUUACUAAGGCAUCUGCUGAUGGGACACUUUUCACACGAGACUGGGACACAGAACCUCUUUUUCCAUUACCAAACAUGGAUGCAGUUAAUAAGGACAGCAUACAGAGUUCCACCAUUGCGCCAUCGUUGCCGAAGUUCAAGAGGAGUCCAAGUAGACGUACCAAGAGUAGGUGGGAGCCUGUACCAGAAGAGAAGCCAGUUGAGAAACUGGCAUCAGUUAAUUAUGUUGCUAUGAAAGAUGUCAAUUGGGAUAAAUUCAAGGAAAAGGAUGGAACGAUUUCAAGUGGAAAAUGUGAAAGCAAGGAAAAUAAUUGGAGCGGUGUGAAAUUCCUUCCACAACAGCAGACUCCAAGUAAAAGUUCCCCGAGGCCAGUGAAAAAGCAGCGGCUUAGUGAUAAUUCCAAUCUUGCUGAAAAUGGUGGUACUUCUAGUGAUAGUGACAAGGAACAGAGUUUAACAGCGUACUACUCAAGUGCUAUAGCACUUGCAGAUUCACCUGAAGAAAGGAAAAGACGUGAAAAUCGUUCUAAGCGUUUUGAGAAAGUCCAUGGUCACCGGGCAGAAACCAAGAACCUAAGAACAAAAGAUGUUGGAGCUGGAAAUUUGUACACCAGAAGGCUUACUGCUCUGGAACGUGGCAAAAAUUAUGAGGAUAGUGGCAACAGGGCUGUGGAAGAUAUUGACUGGGAUGCCCUUACUGUCAAAGGAACCUGCCAGGAAAUUGAGAAACGCUACUUGCGCCUUACUUCUGCACCUGAUCUUGCCACUGUGAGACCAGAAGAAGUGCUGGAAAAAGCUCUCCUAAUGGUUCAAAGCUCACAAAAAAAUUACCUGUACAAAUGUGAUCAGUUGAAAUCCAUUCGUCAGGAUCUGACUGUACAAAGGAUACGUAAUGAACUAACAGUCAAGGUCUAUGAAACUCAUGCACGAUUAGCACUGGAAGCUGGGGAUUUGCCCGAGUAUAAUCAGUGCCAAUCACAGCUGAAAACUCUUUAUGCUGAAGGGAUCAAAGGAUGUCAUAUGGAGUUUUCUGCCUACAACUUGCUAUGUGUUAUCAUGCAUUCAAAUAACAAUAGAGAUCUCUUAUCAUCAAUGGCAAGAUUAUCACGCGAAGCAAAAGAGCAUGAGGCUGUAAGGCAUGCUCUUGCAGUUCGUGCAGCCGUUACAUCGGGGAACUAUGUCUCCUUUUUCAGACUGUACAAGACAGCACCUAACCUAAACACCUGCCUUAUGGAUCUUUAUGUUGAGAAGAUGAGGUUUGAGGCAGUGAGAUGUAUGUCUCGUUCGUAUCGCCCUUCUCUCCCUUUGGCAUUCAUUGCUCAAGUUCUGGGCUUCCCGAGUGUAUUGUCAACAACUGAAGGUGGCAAUGAAAAAGACACGGAUGGAUUGGAGGAAUGUGAGGAAUGGUUAAGAGCACACGGUGCAUGCCUAACUGUAGACAACAAUGGUGAGAUGCAGUUUGAUACAAAGGCUUCCACUUCCAGCCUUUACAUUCCAGAACCAGAAGACGCGGUGGCACAUGGAGAUGCAAAUCUUGCUGUUAACGAUUUUCUGACUCGGACAUCAUAAAAGGAUAUUUUGCUUGUAACUUAGUGUAUCGGUAUGGAUCAGAAAUCCACCCACCGCCAUCUGUUAGAGAUCCAUGGAUCAAAUGGAAAAUAGUUUUGCAAAAUCAACUUGGCAAAGGUCAAGUCAACCAUCAUCAUACCUGUAAUAUUUAACAGGGUAUAGAUGGAUGUAUGAACGUGAAAAGGCGAAGGUAAAGAAAUGGGAAAUACUGCAGUGUCAUUGGUAAAGCUGCUUUAGGUUUUA